GAACGCAGCCAUGAGUCGCGCGCUCACCUGUCGGUAUGCGGAAGCGAGCAGGUUGAUGUUGAUGAGCUCAGUGUUUAAUAUGGAAAUGGUCUGGUGUUGAUAAAGUGGACGAGUGUCGUGAUGAAGCUUUAAGUGUUCGUGGUAAGGACACAGCCCCAUGAAGAACCCCGCGUGGGUCGCCACCACGCUGCUGGAGUUAUUUGCUUUUCUUCUGUGACUGAAAGUGUGGGAAAAAACGGCGUACCGACAUGUUCUUCACGACCCCCCAGGACGACUAUGAACUCUGGGAGAGACAAAAAGAUGGAACUGAGCAUUUACUCCCUCCCACGUCCACACAUAGAACGUUUGACUAUGUACUAGUGGCCAACAAGGUGGACGAUGAUGACGCUGACCAGAAAGGUCAGAGACAAAAAGCCUACCUCCACCAGCUUGAGAAGAAAAACAUAACCAUCACUAGGAUUGUUCACGAUGACAAAGUGUUCUUUGGCGUGCGUGCUCCAAAAGACAUUUUCGAACACUACCAAUAUCUUCUCAAAGUCUCCGACUCCUGCAACUGGUGUGGAGACGUGAAGGGAACUGUCACGCAGGCUACCAGGAUCAGGAUUGUCUAUUUCAUUCUUCAUCAGACAUUCAUCAACACAGGGGAGAACUUGAAGGAACUGCUGAUGAAAGACGUUUUUGAAACCAUAUUCUGCCUCCACGAGAGAAAAGAGCAGAAAGUGCUGAAGAGGAAGUGGGCUCGAUGGUCGGCCCUGUUUACAGGACAACCCGUCAAUGAAGUCAAAUGUUACUUUGGAGAGAAGGUGGCCUUGUACUACCUGUGGCUAGGUUGGUACACCAAGCUGCUGGUACCAGCUGCUGUGCUGGGUGUUGUAGUGUUCCUGUAUGGACUUGCCUUUUUCAACACCAACCCCCUCAUUCAGGAAGUGUGUAAUUCCAGCAUCAUCAUGUGUCCUCGCUGUGAUGAUAUUAAGUGCAAAGUGUGGAAGCUCUCAGACACUUGCUCCUAUGCUAAGAUCAGCCAUCUAUUUGACAACGAGGGCACUGUGGCUUUCGCUAUGUUUAUGGCAAUUUGGGCUACUCUGUUCCUGGAGUUGUGGAAGAGACAUAGAGCCAGACAUGUUUCUCAGUGGAAGGUCUACGACUGGUGUGAAGAAGAGGAGGAACUGAUAAUGGAAAUAGUCAACGAUCCAUACUGUAUGCCCAAACAGUUCAGACACUCCUACCUGCGCAGCACUCUGGUCCUCAUCCUGGUCACACUUAUGCUGUUGAUUAUCAUUGGACUUGCUCAUUCUCUGGUGGUGUUUCGAGUUGUGGCUGCUGCCUUGUUGGCUGAGGCCAACUCGGAGUUCAUCAAAGAUCACUCCUCCGCUGUGGCCAUGAUGCUGGGAGCUGUCCUGCACUAUCUUACCAUUCAGAUCAUGACACGGGUGAAUCGAUGGGUUGCCCUCAAGCUUUGUCACAUAGAGAAGACAAACUCAUUUGCCUCCACAGAGAGGAGCUUCACAAUUAAGAUGUUCACCUUCCAGUUCUUUACUCUCUUCUCUUCACUCUUCUACGUGGCCUUCUUCCUCGGCAGAAUAAAUGGCCAUCCAGGAAAGUAUGUGCGUAUCGCUCGCUGGAGACUGGAGGAGUGUCACCCGAGUGGUUGUUUAACAGACCUGUUCAUUCAGAUGGCCGUGAUCAUGGUGCUCAAACAGACUCUCAACAACAUCUUUGAAUUCACAGUGCCGUGGUUAAAGACGUGUCUAAAAAGAAAAACCGUAAAGAAGCUGCAGAGGAAGUGUGGCCACUGUUACAGGAAAGGCUGUCGUAAUGCCCAGGGAAAUGUUGACGCAUGUGACAUCUGCAAACUCCAGGACUGGAUUCGAAACUAUCAUCUGGCCGACUCAAAUGCCUUUAGCCUUUUCAAUGAGUUCCUGGAAAUGGUGGUCCAGUUCAGUUUCACCACCAUAUUUGUGGCCGCGUUCCCCCUCGCCCCCCUGCUGGCCCUGAUCAACAACAUCUUCGAGAUCCGCCUCGAUGCCAUCAAGAUGGUUCGCCUUGAACGUCGGCUGGUUCCCAGGAAGACUAACGACAUUGGUGUGUGGACACAGGUGUUGGAAGCCAUUGGUGUGUUGGCGGUGAUCGCUAACGGUUUAGUCAUCGGCGUGUCGUCAGACUUCGUUCCACGCCUUGUCUAUCGCUACCGUUAUGGCCCAUGCGCAUCUGGGAUCUCUCAGACAAACUGCAUGCAGGGCUACAUCAGAGACACCCUUUCCACGGCUUUCUUGAGUAACCCAGCAGUUCGAAAAGACUUUACUAAAGAACAGAUGUGGACAGAGAAUGGCUUCAAUGCUACACAGUGCAGCUACAGAGACUACAGGAGUAACGAGGACUACACGUUAACCUCUCAGUUUUGGGUAGUGCUGGCUGUGCGCUUCGCCUUUGUCAUCCUGUUUGAGCACGUGGUGGUGGUGUGUAAGUUUAUAGCAGCGUGGUUCGUCCCCAACAAUCCCAUGCAGGUGAAGAAUGAGCGUCUACAUGACAAACUGGCUCGGCUAAAGGAGGAGCUCCGUGAUCUGAAAAGCAGCAGAUCCACAGAUGUCUGAAUCCUCCUGACUGGUCCUGACUGGUCCUGACUCUUGUUUUUAUCAUUUCUAUUUGCUGAUGGACUGUGAUGCCGGGCUCCAUUUUGAUGUUUUUAUGUCAUGAUACAAAUGGACUUUUAAUUUUUUGUUUUGCUUGACAUGUGACCACACACACACACACACAUGCUGUACAUAUCACUCUCCUGUUGACAUUCUUGAGAUUUUUUUUAAACGGAAUAUAUUUGAACUAAUCAACUGUAUGUUGUUAUUAAUAAUAAUAAUGACUUGUUACUGUAAGAGGGCCGACUGAGUUAUCUGGUUAACAGUUCAAACAGUUUGCUGGACAGAAAAACGACAUGGAUUAACAUUUCAUAAGAAGUUUAAUACCUUACAAACAUUACACUGAACCAGACAGGACAACGAUCCGUCCCAAUACCUACACCUGCAUUCUUGAUUGAAUGUAGUAUUAGCAGGUAAAAGACGGGUGUCUUUUUAUAGUCGACACACACUGAAUGGACAUUUUCCCUGACACUCUAUCUCCUGUAGACCACAAUUUAUCCCAGCGGUUCUCCACGAUUCUCCAUCUGUUGGUGUUAAUGAGCCUACACCCGGGUUUUAGGACUGCCGAUCAUCUACAUACACGAGCAAGUGAAAGUAAAAACAAUAUUAUUUAUUUGUACUCUCUCAUUUGUCCUGUCUAUAUUGUGACAGUCAACAAAUAAAACAUUCAAAUAUAUUAAAAAAAACAGAAUGCCA